AUAUGUUGAUUGUUUAUGUUUUAUUCUCAGGUUGUUGCAAGACAUGAAGAUUUACUGGCACAAGCAACUGGAAUUGAAUCUUUGGAAGGUGUUCUUCAGAUGAUGCAGACAAGAAUUGGGGCAUUACAGGGAGCUGUUGAUAGGAUGAAAGCAAAAAUUUUUGAGCCAUAUAAUAAAAUAGUAGCCCGUACUGCACAACUAGCAAGACUUCAGGUUGCCUGUGAUUUGCUUCGGAGAAUAAUUCGCAUCUUGCAUCUCAGUAAGAGACUCCAAGGACAACUGCAGGGGGGAAGUAGAGAGAUAACAAAAGCUGCCCAGAGUCUCAAUGAACUUGAUUAUCUUUCUCAAGGAAUAGAUCUUUCUGGAAUUGAAGUAAUAGAAAAUGAUCUACUUUUUAUUGCAAGAGCUCGACUUGAAGUGGAAAAUCAAGCUAAGCGCCUACUGGAGCAGGGUGUGGAGACUCAGAAUCCAACCCAAGUUGGAACAGCUCUUCAGGUUUUCCAUAAUCUUGGAACUUUGAAGAAUACUAUUACCAGUGUUGUGGAUGGAUAUUGUGCUGCUUUAGAAGAAAGUAUCAGCAGUGCGUUAGAUAUCAAAGUUUUGACUCAGCCUUCCCAGUCAGCUGUGAGAGGAGGACCUGGACGAUCUACCAUGCCAACCCCAGGAAAUACUGCAGCUUUUCGUGCUUCCCUCUGGACCAAUAUGGAAAAACUUGUGGAUCAUAUUUGUACUGUUUGUGGACAGGUACAACAUCUACAAAAAAUAUUAGCCAAGAAGAGAGAUCCUGUUUCUCACAUUUGUUUUAUUGAAGAAAUAGUUAAGGAUGGACAGUCUGACAUUUUAUACACAUUUUGGAAUUCCGUUACUCAAGCACUUUAUUCUCGAUUUCAAGUGGCAACAAAUUCUUCUAUGUUUUUGAAACAGGCAUUUGAAGGAGAAUACCCUAAACUAUUGCGUCUUUAUAAUGACUUAUGGAAGCGCCUUCAGCAGUACAGCCAAAAUAUUCAAGGAAAGUUUAAUGCAAGUGGAACCACAGACCUCUAUGUUGACCUACAACACAUGGAAGAUGAUACACAAGACAUAUUUAUACCAAAAAAGCCAGAUUAUGACCCAGAAAAGGCUUUAAAAGACUCACUACAGCCCUAUGAGGUUGCUUAUCUAUCAAAAUCCGUAUCUCGGCUCUUAGAUCCUGUCAACUUGGUUUUCCCCCCUGGCGGUCGUAAUCCUCCAUCUUCAGAUGAACUGGAAGGUAUUAUUAAAACUAUAGCAGGCGAACUAAAUGUAGCUGCUGUUGAUGCAAACCUCACAUUAGCUGUGUCAAAAAAUGUGGCAAACACCAUCCAGUUAUACGGUGUAAAAUCGGAACAGCUUCUCUCCACACAAGGAGAUGCAAGUCAGGUGAUUGGACCUCUUACUGAAGGGCAGAGAAGAAAUGUGGCAGUAGUGAAUUCAUUGUUUAAGUUGCAUCAAUCAGUAACAAAGGUGGUUUCCAGUCAGAGCUCAUUCCCACCAGCAGCUGAACAAACUAUAAUUUCAGCCCUAAAGACAAUCUAUGUUCUUAUGGGAAAUGCUGUGCAACCCUUACUGACUUCAGUGGGAGAUGCUAUAGAGGCCAUAAUCAUCACCAUGCAUCAAGAAGAUUUUUCUGGGUCAUUACCCAGCUCAGGAAAGCCUGAUGUUCCUUGUUCUUUGUAUAUGAAGGAGCUUCAAGGUUUUAUUGCCAGAGUUAUGAGUGACUACUUUAAACACUUUGAAUGCUUGGAUUUUGUCUUUGACAACACUGAAGCUAUUGCCCAAAGAGCAAUUGAACUUUUUAUCCGCAACGCCAGUCUCAUAAGACCUCUUGGUGAAGGUGGGAAAAUGCGACUUGCUGCUGAUUUUGCACAGAUGGAGUUGGCUGUGGGUCCAUUCUGCAGAAGAGUCUCUGAUUUAGGAAAGUCCUAUCGAAUGCUGAGGUCAUUCAGACCACUGCUGUUCCAGACAAGUGAACAUGUGGCCAGUAGUCCUGCACUGGGGGACAUUAUUCCAUUCAGCAUCAUUAUUCAGUUUUUGUUCACAAGAGCACCUGCUGAGCUGAAAUCCCCCUUCCAGAGGGCAGAAUGGUCCCAUGCACGCUUCUCCCAGUGGCUGGAUGACCACCCAUCUGAAAAAGACAGGCUUCUUCUCAUCAGGGGAGCCCUGGAAGCUUAUGUUCAAUCAGUAAGAAGUAGAGAAGGCAAAGAAUUUGCACCAGUUUACCCCAUAAUGGUUCAACUGCUUCAAAAAGCUAUGUCUACUCUUCAGUAAUAAUGUGAAGUAUUUCUUAAUCUCCAUUUUGUGCUAACCCAAAGACAGCUACUAUUCACUAUUUUUAAAAUGUAAUCAACUUUUCUGUAUUUCCUAUUGCUUUUUCUCUCUUUAGCCCUUCUAAUUAAGUAGCAUAAAAUGUCAAAAAUCACCACCAUGUUCUAACUCCAGGAACCUGAUUUUUCAGAAAGACAUCCAACUCUUUCUCCUUUCAGGCUUUUCUACAAGGCUAAAGUUUCUUUCCCAUCACUGAGUCCCCCCUGUAGGUACCCACACAUACUAAGUCCUCACUGCUUUUUAAGGUUUAUGAUCAAGUAACCCUGCUUCCCCCAACCAACUUUGUUCCUCACUAGAUAUGAAGGCCAGUGGUUUCCACAUGUGGCUGCACAUUAUAAUCAGUUGUGGAAGCUUGAAAAUCCUGAUAUUAAUUUGUACCCCAUAUUAACACAUUUGGGGUGGGUAGGAGCCAGGCUUUUUUUUUUUUUAAUGUUUUUAUUGAUUUCAGAGAGGG